CGAGUAUAAACAAUUUGUCGUGCGCGUACGGAUUACUGACCUUUUUCAAACAAAACAAAACAUAUAUAUACACAUAUAUAUUUAACAUAUUGAUCGUUCAAAUGCGUUUUGGUAAAAUAAAACUGCGAAUUAUCCGUAGUUGAUACCGGAAUAUUUUCGCUAAAUAAAUUCAUCCGAUGCAUUUGAGCGAUCAGCUUUUAUUAAACAGCUGAUUUGCGACAACUUCUGACAGUUCAUUUGACAUUCCAAAAGGUUCAUUUGACGUAUAGAUAAAUUCAUAUAUAAUUUAUUCCUGAUUUGACGUUUGCGCGUUUCUUAAGUUGCUUUAUUUAGUGUGCUUAGAUUUUAUUUAGUUUGAAUUUAUCUAUAACACUUUAAUUAUUAAAACGUAACAUUUAUAAAAUGGCAACCGAAGAAGAGCAAAUUCAGGUGCUACCGGUCAAAGAGCCGCUCGACUUGAUUAGACUGAGCUUGGAUGAAAAAGUGUACGUAAAGAUGCGAAAUGAACGCGAACUACGAGGACGUCUUCAUGCGUUCGAUCAACAUUUGAACAUGGUGUUAGGCGACGCUGAAGAAACAGUAACUACUGUAGAAAUUGAUGAAGAAACUUAUGAAGAAGUAUAUAAAACCACAAAACGAACAAUUCCAAUGCUUUUUGUGCGAGGAGACGGUGUGAUAUUGGUAUCACCUCCCAUGAGAGUUGGCUAAAGCAAAUACUUUAAACUUAGAAUGUAAUCAUAUUAUUAAAUAAAGUAAAUAUGUGCUUAACAGUCAACAUUACAAA